AUGUCUAGUGAGGACCAUUCAACCUCCUCUUCUUCCGCCAUAGGCAACGACAAUGCGACUGCCAAAGGAAACCAAUUGGCGGCGUUGGGAAGAGCCUUCAAUGAAGAGGUUGAGGCUGACCCAUCGAUCGUCAGCAGACCGGUCAACUUGCCAAGAGGGAACCAUUCAGCAUCAUCCUCAGUCCGCAGAAAUUACAAUGCCCCUACUGAGCGGGUGGCAUGGAGAAGAAUACCUUCCAAUGAAGUGCGAUCUCCUAAUAGAAAUAUUGGGAGGUUAAAUAACAAUCAUGGAACUUUCAAUAUUGAAACGAGUCCUUAUCGAGCACCAAAUUUUACGGCUCCUCAUAUAGAUUUCGGACAACCUAACCUGCAUGCAUAUGGUACGGUCCCUCCGCCAACUUUCCCAGUGCCUUUCUUUGGCAACCCCGAGCCCUCCACCAGCUCUUCAGCUCAAGGCCUCAAUAAUGUCUUCCCAUAUGCUCCUCAUUGUGCGUAUUACCAUCCAACCCACCCACAUGUUGGAUAUUUUAUUCCUCUCCAAGACAUUAAUGCAGCACAACAAUCAAAAAUUUUCAGUUGGUUGUAUAAUAUGCGAACUAGGUUGAGGAAGCAGAUUGAGUACUACUUCAGUUCGGGAAAUUUGGAAACAGAUAUAUUUCUGAAGAGACAGAUGGAUGCGAACGGUUGGGUUCCAAUAAGUUUGAUUGCUGGGUUUAGGAGAGUUGAGACUUUAAUGAAGGAAGCAAAUCUCGUAUAUAAUUAUUUAAGAUCGUACAGUUUUAUGCUAGAUUACAUCGCACCGUUGACCAGCGAUGAACAAUUCAUAUCAGACAGCAUGGAAUUCUCGGGCAAUGUGGAAGUGCAGGGUGAUAAAAUCAGAAAACGCCGUGACUGGGAGAAAUGGGUAUUACCACAAAAUCCUACUUUAUCCAAUGCUGAAUCUGCAAAUUAG